CACUCCAGGACAACACAAUUUCAAACGUCUCCACGGGACAGUUUUAUUUUACAGAGGAUGCCUCAUUUACCAAAGCCGUGGAGUCCUCGUUGCUCCAAGAAAGUAAUUAAAAAAUGGGACAUUCUUAGUGCGUCAACCUUAGGAAAUUCCCCACAACUACUUGCUUUGGUUUGAUUUAACGUGUGCGUUACCUUCGGAAACGUAAGUUGGGGUAUCACAGCACGGACUUAGCCAAGAGAGGUCUACUUCCAACUUUCAACCGGAGAGCUCCAUUCCAUGGUCCACCUGGAGCCAAACCUGACCUCCCCGCAGCCUAUUCCCGCCCUGCUUCUCAUCCAGAAGAGGGUCACCGCCGUCCCCCGGUCCCCAACCAGGACCCGCACGGCCGUCCCUGCUGCUCCUCCCCCCCGCCCCCCAGCGCGGACGGCCUCGGGUCCCCGCCUGCAGUCGGGGCCUUCCCGCCCGGGGAAGGCGAGGCUCUCCGCGGGCCGCCCGCCCCGGGCCCGCCCGAGUGUGCAGCGGCCCCGCCACGCCGUGCGACAGGCGCUCCUGGGCCCCGUCCCUCCGCCGCGCUCACUUCUCCGAGCCCGAACCCCGGCUCCCGCGCUCUCCGGCGGGCGCCUCGGACGGCUGGACUCCGCCGCGCCCCUCGUCCGCCCGAGCCCGCGGGGACGCCGUCGAGUUCCCGCGGAAACGCGCUCCUCCCGGACCACCGGCGGCCCGGCGCCUCCGCGCACGUCCUCCUUCCGCCCGUGUGCUCCGACGACGCCGACGAGGCGCCGCGGGCACGCUCCCCGCGUCUCCGCUUCUUCCCGAGGGGCCCGCAGGCGCUGCCGCCGCCCCGUCUUCCGCGCGGCACGGGCGCCGCGCCCCUCUCGGCGGCGCCCCGCUUUGUGCGCAGUGAGGACGACGCGCGGCGGCGGUGACGUGUCCGAGGCCCUCCGGACGGCCGCGGCCCCUCUCACGGGGCCGGUGCUGCGGGCGGAACCGGCGCUGGGAAGGCGGGACCGCGAGCGCGGCGUCACACACGGCCACGCCGUGUCACCAAGCCGGGGAGCCGCGCCGCCGGGCCGCUCACUAGCCGGCCGGUGUCCUCCGUGGGGCCGGCUGACCAGACCAGGGCGGCCUCCCGAGCGCCCCCGCUCGCUGCUCCCGCAAGCCCAGGGCCCCCGCCCAGGGGACCCCCGGGACCCGCGCCGAGGGGUAGCCCGGUCCAACGCUGAGGGACCGGGUCCGGAGCCGCGAGGGGCGGGGCGCGGCGGUCACGUGCCUGGCUCGGGGGAGGGCGCGUGCCGCCAGCUCGGGCCUGAUUGGCCCGUCGUAACCAGCCCCAAGCCAGGCCGGCGCGCGGGGCCGGCGGCGCGGGACUGCGGGCCCGAGGGCUACGAGGCUGCUGCCGGGGACGCGGCGGCCGUGGCGGCGGCGCCGGGCGCGCUGGAGCCGGGCGAGGCGGACCUCGGGGCGGGCGAGGGCCACCACCUGCAGCACAUCAGCGACCGCGAGAUGCCCGAAGACUUAGCUUUGGAAUCAAACCCUUCUGACCAUCCAAGGGCAAGCACAAUUUUCCUGAGCAAAUCUCAAACAGAUGUGCGAGAAAAGAGGAAGAGCAACCAUUUAAACCAUGUAUCUCCAGGGCAGCUUACUAAAAAGUAUAGCUCAUGCUCAACAAUAUUUCUAGAUGACAGCACAGUCAGCCAGCCUAAUCUUAGAACCACAAUAAAAUGUGUGACCUUAGCAAUAUAUUACCACAUAAAGAACAGAGAUGCAAAUCGAUCCUUGGAUAUUUUUGAUGAGAGAUCACAUCCACUCACACGAGAAAAGAUUCCAGAGGAAUACUUCGAGCAUGAUCCUGAACACAAAUUUAUUUACAGAUUUGUUCGUACUCUUUUUAGUGCUGCACAGCUAACAGCUGAAUGUGCAAUAGUAACUUUGGUUUACUUAGAAAGGCUUUUAACUUAUGCUGAGAUCGACAUUUGUCCCACUAACUGGAAAAGAAUUGUUUUGGGAGCCAUUCUUCUUGCCUCCAAGGUUUGGGACGAUCAGGCUGUAUGGAAUGUGGACUACUGCCAGAUCCUCAAGGACAUUACAGUUGAGGACAUGAAUGAGAUGGAAAGACAUUUUUUGGAGCUACUUCAGUUUAAUAUUAACGUUCCUGCCAGUGUUUAUGCCAAAUACUACUUUGACCUUCGCUCCUUAGCAGAUGACAACAACCUGAAUUUUCUGUUUGCUCCUCUGAGCAAAGAAAGAGCACAGAACCUGGAGGCCAUUUCCAGAUUGUGUGAAGACAAAUACAAAGACUUGUGUAGAGCUGCCAUGAGAAGGUCUUUCAGUGCUGAUAAUUUCGUUGGUAUUCAGCGCUCUAAUGCCAUCCUCUCUUAAGGGAGAAAGGAGGGGUUGUAACAUCAUGAACCCCUCAUCUACAAGGACUGGAGAAAUAGGACCUCUCCUGCUCAAAAACCAGCAAAGUUAGUAUUUUCACCUAAAAGAAAGACAUCGAAUUCAAGAGACUUAUGGACAGCAAGGAUUAUGCUCAUAGAAAAGAAUGGGACCUUGUCAAUGCAACACACUUUUCUGUCCUUUUUAAUGUAAACACUUACAAAAACCACUCCAAAGCAAAAGCUACCGGCCCACACACAGAUAUGUGCAUACUGUGGUAGGCUGAUAGCUAACUAGGUGAGGUUUUUUAAUUAAUAGUUUAAAUUUUUAGACUUUAAAGACACUAACUAUAUAAGUUUUAUGUUUUUUCUAUUUUUCUUGCCUCCCUUCCCCCCACAUUGCUGCAUAUUCCUUUAGAAUCAGUGCAGUAUUACCAUGGGAAACAUGGGGCUCCUAACACCUCGUAAAGCCACUUAGGAAUGGACUGUAGCCUUGUUAGGUAUUGAAGGUUCUUCCUCCCUACUGUGUCAUUGAAGCUGCUAGUCAUUAUUGGCAAUCAAUUUAAACCAAAAAGCUGCUGAAUAACACUUGUCAUUCACAUUCUUUGCCAGCACUACUUAUUAGCAUAUUAGCAUGUUUGGGAUCAUAAACAGAGGAAGUAUUGGUUAUUAUCUACUUCUGUUGGGGCCAUGCUGCAUUUCUCGUGAACUAUAAUGGUGCUUUUCAUUUUCUGAUGAUUUUCCUCUUCGUUAGAUAGAUGUAUUAAAAGAUAUUUCCAUAAUUCCAGCCAACAUGGUGGUCCAGUGACAACGAGCCGGUCCUGAGACAGGUGUCCCGAGAGUGCUGGUGCAGUUUCAGGCUUUAUGGAGAGCGCGGGGCCUCUGGAACGCUGCUGCAGGAGGUAAAUGCGACAGGCUUACAAAACAUCAUCUGAAAGGUUAAUGGAAUUUUUUUAAACUUACUUAGUUUUGUAAAUUUUAAAUACUAAGCUUUUAGUUUUAAUUUUUUGUUUCAGCCCCUCUUGAAUUGGCAAACAUUGCCUGAAACAAAAUUAAAAUUGAAAGUUUAAUAUUUAAAAUUUAUAAAACUAAAUAGGUUUAAAAGAAAUUUAGUUCACUUUUCAAAUGGUGCUUUGUCAGUUUGUAGCAUUUAUACUUCUAUAAAUCUCAAAGCUUAAAAUUGCACCAGACUUUAGGGAUGCCUUGUGUCUCCAUGUGCCCUCCUCUUUUAAAAAUAGUUCUUUGUAGGGCUUGUGCUGUUACCUGAUUUGAUCACCUAAAUUUUUCUCUAGGUUUGGGAAAGGAGGAUUAUGAAGAGCAGUGUUAAUUCACAUGUAAUAAGCUGGCAGGAACUGGACCCUAAUUGUAGUGAUGUGAAAGUAGGUGAUGGGAAACGGCUUGUCCAUCCCACGUGUUAACCUGGCUGUGCUGCCCCGUCCGACGUCCUGCCGUUUAAGAGGAAACUUACAAACCAGAGGAGCCCUUAUCUCAGGCUGUGCAGCAUAGGGAGUGAAGUAAUCAACCUUCAAGAGAUUGGUAAAAUGUCACCUAAACUUGAAAUACUGAAAAAAGAUUAGUGUUCUCAACCUGUGAAAUCUGUUCUCCUACCUUCUCAAAUGUAAUCCUAAGAAUUUGGCUUGUAAAACAAAGCACUUCUGGGCCAGGAAAACUUUCAAUAUAGCAAGGCUUCACAUUAUACUGCAGGUUCCAUCAUUUUUAAAGGACAGAGACAUAAAUGAUAGAUAAUGGUAUAUACAAUAUUACAAUCUACCACCUCAAAAGCAUUGUUUAUGGAGUUUGGAGAUUCAAGUAUUGAUUGCAGUUUUAUUUUGAAAAGAAUGCUACAACUUAUGUGGUUUUUCUUUCUCAUGUUUAUAUUAAAAGAAAAGCUAAUAAACUCUAUUUUAAUUAAAA